AUGUCCGCGUUCUGCCUGGACCUGCAGAGCUCCGGCGUGGUUUCAGCACCGCUGGAGCUGGACAGCGACAGCAUGGAGCCGCGGGCCGCGGUCCCCGGCGGGCCCCAGGGUCAGCCGCCGCGCCAGGCCGGCUCCGGAGGCCUCGGCACGGCCCUGGAGGAGGAACUGGCCAUGAUCACCGGCGAGCGGGCAGAGGAGGACGAGCUGUCCGAGCUCGAGGCGCCUGCACCGGGGCACAACGCCGACCUGCUGCUGCUCUUCCGCCAGAAGGAGAAAGACUUGGUUCUAGCUGCUAAACUCGGCAAAGCGUUGCUGGAGAGAAACCAAGACUUGACCAAGCAAUAUGAGAAAAUGCACAAAGAUCUCAACGAGAAAUUGGAGCACCUGGAGCAAGAGAAGCAUGAGCUGCGGCGGCGCUUGGAGAGCCGGGAGGGGGAGUGGGAGGGCCGCGUGGCCGAGUUGGAGACCGACGUCCAGCAGCUGACGGACGAGCUGGAGCGGCACCAGGUCCAGCUGAGGGAGGCCGACAGGGACAAGUCGAAGGCCAUCAGCGAGCUCUCCGAACAGAACCACAGGCUGCUGGAGCAGCUCAGCAGGGCUGCAGAGGUGGAGAGGCAGCUGUCCACUCAGGUCCAUUCAUUACGGGAUGACUUCAGGGAGAAGAGCAUGUCUACAAACCAGCACAUGACACGACUAGAGACCCUACAGGCUGAGAUUAAAAUGCUGUCGGAGAGGAAGAUGGAGCUGGAGCGCCGUGUGCACGCUGUCCUGGAGGAGAACCAGCUGCUGCAGAGCACGGUGGAGGACCUCCGAGAGAGGACGCUGGUGCUGGAGAAACAGAGCCACGAGAAGGACCUACAGCUGCGGCAGAGCCAGCUGGAGCUCCAGGAGGUCCAGGUGUCCCACAGGCAGCUGACCGCCCGGCUGACGGAGCUGACGGAGGAGCACAGCCUGCAGACUCUCACCCCGCACCCGUCCAGCCUGCUGUGCGAGAUAGAGCAGUGCAUGGAGCAGGAGGAGCAGGAGCAGGAGAGGGAACAGGUGCCUCCUGCCCGUCCACACGUCCACCAGGAGGGUGGAGCCCCCGUAACCGAGGCCGUGUCCCUCUACCUGAACCUGCAGCUGCGGCUCCAGCUGUGGGAGGCCUACUGCGAGGUCCGCUCGCUCUGCUCGCACCUCCGAGGCAACGACGUCACCGACUCGGCGCUGUCCACCGACUCCUCCAUGGACGAGUCCUCGGAGACGUCCUCCAUCAAAGACGUGCCCACGGGGAGCCUCCACACCAGCCUGCUGGAGCUGCGGCGGCUGACCCAGAACCUGCUGGACGGAAACGAGUCUACGGGCUCGCGGCGCAGCGACGAGGAGGCUUUGGAGGAGCAGGCGAGGAAGCUGGGAGAAGAGCUGCGGGAGGUGAGAGAUCUGUACGAGGCUGCGCAAGACAAAGCGCGCCGCAGCGAGGAGGAGCUGCUGCAGCUGCAUAACCAGGUACGGGUUUGCAGGCCGCUCGCCCCCUCGUCCCGUCUUCCAGACGUCGUCUUCACCGACCGGCUUCCCUCCCGUGACCUACAGGUGGUGCUGCUCUCUGUGGAGAUGUGCUCUCUCCGGGAGGACAACGAGCGCAUGAGGGCCAUGGCCGAAGUCCGAGAACCCAGCGAGCAGCUUCAGAGCGCCAUCAGAGACCGAGACGACGCCAUAGCCAAGAAGAAAGCGGUGGAAAUGGAGCUGGCGAAAUGUAAAAUAGACAUAAUGUCCCUGAACAGCCAGCUGCUGGACGCCAUCCAGCAGAAGCUCAACCUGUCGCAGCAGCUGGAGGCCUGGCAGGACGACAUGCACAGAGUGAUUGACCAGCAGCUGAUGGACAAGCACCAGGACGAGUGGUGCUCCGGCCACUCCUCCCUGUCGGCCGGUUCGUCGAAAAGUCAGUCCUCCAGGCGAGCGCACCGCGUCUCCGACCGGGACAAGAGGCUUUUCUCUUUUUUCAAAAAGAACUGAGCCCCGCCGCCGAACGGGCGCCGAGCGCAGCAGACACACCCGGAGGGACGAGAGGGCGGGAGCACAGGGGCAGCAGCACAGCCAAAGAGCGGCCACUGCUGACCACUGCUGGCCACUGUAAGGCGAGGGCCGAGCCGGCCCGAGGCCUGAGCGGGCCUCAGCAGCCUCUUAGGGACCCCAGCAGCCCAUAUCCUCCCCCUAUUCCCCACCUUCCGUCCUCCCAGGUCCGUUUGACCACUAUUCAAAACAAAAAGUAUCAAAAAUACACCACCUUUUUUCAGUUACUCCUUUUUAUCUAACACAUUAACUCGAGUUUUACUUAUUUCUGUAACAUCAGUUGUAAUAGGGCUCAUUUACUGAAAAUUAGUCCCCAUUUUCGAGGGAGAAAAAAAGCAGAUAUUGUGAAUUCUUUUCACUCUGGUUCAUACCAGAGGCUAACGGGUAGAUGGAAAACCAUCCGUUUAAUUUUCAGGUAGUUACAGGGAAGAAAGCCAAGUUUAUGACAUAUCAGCCUAAGAAAUGGAUCAAACUGGCCCAAAGGCAGCAGGAGGGUCAAGAAAAUCAAUAUUUAUUUUAUCCUAUUUCCUUAUCAAAGGUUUAUGAUCUUAGAAAAAAAAACCUUUUCAUAGAGAAAGAGUUUCUUCAGGCAGACAGACCCUCCUCUUACUUCCAUAUUGCUCUUCUUGCACCACAAAUGCACAUUUUCGUUGCAUUUUAUUAAAACAAAAAUAACAAAUCAGAAGAGGCGUCAGUAGUAAAUACCUGGUGUCUUGGUUUUUCCUGUAACUUUUAGCAGAACCGGAUGUGACUCAGCUUUCCUCUUAGUGCUUAAUCAGCUGAAAUGUUAAAUGUAAAUCAGUCCAAAGCUGCUCCAGGAGCAGCAUGAGCCCCCAUUUCAGACUGAAAACAACAAAUGGAUCGAAACACGAUGGAAAGAGUGAGGUUGCUGAUUUGAACAAGUAUUAAAAUCCAGUGUUGCGCAUAUCUUCCAGGUUAGAACUUGGUAUUGUUUUCUUGAAUGAUCAAUCAUCAGUGUUGUUUGCAGAAACGAAGGGUCCCUAAAUCAGGUUUUGCUUUGGGCGCCGUGGAGCGUCGGGCCGGCUCUGGAUGAGGGUCAUUUUGCACUUUAUCGAUUCACUGGUGGCUGAUGACAAAGAACGGAACGAGCAGGCAGGACUUCCCCAGAGGCUUUGGCUUCAGCCCCCCCCCCCCC